UAAACACUGAUAUACGUGUAUCGGAAAACUAAAGUGUUUACAUUCUGAUAUUUGCCACUUUUCUAUUAUUUCCGCGGCGUCUGGUCUGGGCUGUACUGUGUAGAACGUAUUCCACGCUCGCCGUUAUUUUUUGUUAUUUUGUAUUUUUCGUCCCGUGGCACAAGUAUAUUUCUCAAAAUGACGGUAAUCAAUAUCAAAGACAAAAUCAAGAACAAUAAGUUGAACCUGAGCGGCUGCAAUUUAACCGAAAUACCCAUCAAAGAAAUAGCCCAAUAUAAAAUCACUUCGCUUGAUCUAUCCAACAACAAGAUAUCAUCUACUGACAAUUUAUUUUCACAUCUGGGUAACGUGACAAAACUUGAUCUGUCAAACAAUCAAAUUAAAACAAUUGCUGCUGAUAUUGCUUCUAUGCAGAAGCUCGCUCAUCUGUCAUUAGCCAACAAUAAAAUAAAAGACCUGCCCAAAGGUAUCAGCAAAUUAAAGGCCUUGAAACAUUUAAAUGUUAACAACAAUCCAUUGAAGUCCGACUUGGCUGAGGCUGUUGGACCCACCCAAAAUAAUGCACAGUGUCAAGCAGCUGCUACCAAUGUUGUACAGUAUUUUAAGGGUGAAAAAGUUGAUAGUAAAAAGCAAGAUGACAAACAAACUAAAAAGAAAGACAAAAAAGGAAAAGCACUGCAGAACGGUGUUCAAAAUGAUAAAACAAAAAAUAAAGCCAAGCCUAAGAAGAAGCCAGUUGGUUUUGUAUCUAAAGUGUUCGGUUUUAUUGGUUCACUGAUAUCGUUUAUAUGCCUGUUUUUGGUCUUGAGCGGUUUGGCACUGUAUACAUUGUCGUACUACGACAAAAAACUAUACGGUAAUGUCAAGAACAAGCUUGUUCCCGUCUGGGAAUCGGCCACUUCAAAUUUAGAUCCAUUGGUGGCUUCAAAGAUAAAUUAUUACCUACAACAAGCUGGCACAAACUUUGAUUUCGCCGUACAGAAAAGUAUCCAAGUGACAAUUAAAUCAUACAAAUGGGUCAAGGCAAAUCCAACAGUGCAGCUAUACGUUAAAUAUGUACAAGAAGCAUGGCAAUCUCUUUUGGAUAAAGUGUUUAAAAAAGAAAAAGCGUCCACGUGAUCACACAAAUCAGUCCUGUAUGUGAAAUAAACAUUAUGUUUUUCUCAAAACUAUAUUCCACCAUUUCAACUUAUUUGCUAUGUCAUAGUAUGCAAUACCAUCCUUUGCCUCCCAAACAAUAGCUAUAAAAACGUUAAAAAAUUCAUCUAUGUAUAUUUAUUAUUAUUAUGUUUUUUUUUUU